AUGCUCGAGCUGGAGACGAAUCCUUGGAGGAUACAUCAGGCGGUGAAACCUGGUCUUUCGGAUGCUUGGGAGCGUCAUGAAAGAGACCGUCGCCUUGUGUCGCUCAGUGCCAAGGAAGUGAAUGAAGUCUAUGAGGAGCAGUGGCAUCGAGCGAUGGACCACUUCCAGAACGAGAUCUUUGUCACCACCCUCACCGUUGGCGAUGAGAAGUCUUUUCAGUCCCAUGCCAUGUCUGAGAAUAGGUUGAUUUCAAAGAACCCCGACCUUGUUGAGAAUGACCGCUUCCCCAAGACCUUUGUCACUGAGGUCUACACAAACACAGAGCGAGUUGCGCAGACGGCUCGCAAACGAGGACAUCGAGUGGGAGCCUCAAUGAGCUUGGAAUCAGGAUGGAACUUUCUCCGUCCACUGGAUCGCAAAGCGGCCAGAGCCGUCCUGAAGCGUGAAAGUCCUUUCUUUUUGGCGCUGGCAUUUCCUUGUUCCUUUUGGAGUGUGUUACUCAACCUCAACCCUCCGAAGAAUGGCACCAAGAUGUAUGAGGAAGCAAUCACCCUCUUGCAGUUCGCCCUCCAAUUGGCCAAGGACCAGAAGAGUCGUGGUUGUCACUUUGUUUUGGAGAACCCUCAAUCCUCUAGAGCAUGGACCCUGGAAGAGAUGCAAAGAGCCUUGGAGCAACUUGAGGCCCGUUGUGUAGUCUUCCACCAAUGCCGAUUCCGCUUGAAGAACCAGGCGGGUGAUCUACUUCGGAAAGCUACGAGGAUAGCCACUUCGAGUGAUGAGGUCCUUUCCCAACUGGACGGCAUGAAGUGUCUUGGCAAUCACCCUCAUGGUCACAUCAUUGGGGGAAAAGCUGUUUCAGAGCCCGCUGGCCACUAUCCGUGGGCCCUCGCAAAGGCCCUGGUGGUUGGCAUGGAAAAGCAGUUUGAAGCUGACUUCAAAAGACCACACAACAUCCUUGCCAUCGAAGACGGUGAGGAGGCUGAAGAUGAGACCGCCCUGCCGAUUGACAUGAACCUGAGUGACUCUGAUCAGGAGUCCACUGAAGCUGCCACUGGACCCAAGGUGUCAGAGGCAGUAAGCGCCUACAACUCGGACAUCAACGACGCUGGUGUCUCUCCUAUGCAAGCUGCCUUUGGAAAGCAACCCCGGAUGCACGGAGAUUGCCUUGGUGAUUUUGGUCGCCGCUUGAGUGAGCAUGGACUCAUCGACUCUCGGCCAAGUUUGGCCAGACAAGUUGCCAUGCGAGAGACUGCUCGCUUGGCGAUGGUACGCCUUCAUUUUUCCAAAGGUACAUCUCCAUUUCCUGAAGCUGUACGAGUUGCCUUUGAACAGAGACGGCAGAGCGUUUCCAGUGCCGCCCCAAGUGCUAGCGGCGAGUCACAAGCUUCCAAGAGGCCUGCUGAACUGGAUGCUGAGCGCUUGCGUGAAGAAGCUCUUCAACCAGACCCUGUUGCUCCAACUCCGGUUCAACCUCCAGAUGAAGUUCCUGAUGAAGCUUCCGAAGCCCUGAGAGUGACUCAUGAAGUGAUGGAAAUGGAAGCCUAUGCCAAUGUGCAUCCGCUCCGUCAGAUCCAGAUCAUGGCGGAACAGGAUCGUCUGAAUCCCUUGGAAGCCAGAGUCCGAGACCAUGGGACAUGGCGUGGCAAUUGGCCUCUCCCCUCGAGGACAGGAUUCAAACGACGGCAAAUGCUGAAGCAACUUUGGCCCCUUGGCAAUGAUGAUGCUGCUCAGGAAGUGCUUGCAGUGCUCACUGCUCGUAAGGAGCAUGUAUGGAGUCACAUGUCGGACUUUGAGAAAAAGGAGUUCCGUGAAGCAGCAGCCAAAGGAUGGUCAGUAUGGGUUGAAAAUGAAGCCAUCGAACCUCUUCCAGAUGCCGAAGCUGCCCGCAUUAGGCAGAAGUUGAAGACAGAAGGUGAAAGCCACCGCAUCUUGGUUCCUCGCUUCGUCUAUGUGGACAAGAAUGACGGACUGAGGACGGCAGACCGGGACCUUCCACUCAAGGCUAACGCCAGGCUGGUCGUCCCCGGAUACCAAGACAUUAGUGCAUAUGGCCUUCGCUGUGAUGCUCCAACAGCGUCGAGAACUUCUCAGCAUCUUUUGCUGACCUUUGCCGCCAGUAUGAAGUGGAAGCUGGCAAGUGCUGACAUCAAGUCGGCAUUCAUGAAAGGUGAAGAGUUUGGCCCCAAUGAACGCAUCCUCUACCUCGCCAACGUGAAGACCAGAGCACCUGAUGAGCCACGCCUACCAUUCUCGGAGGCAGGCUUAUGCCGUGUGAAAAAGGGAGUAUUUGGCUUAGCUGACAGCCCUCGUCGUUGGUAUAAGAGGUUAUGCAAGUCAGUACAACACCAUGGUUGGCAACUUUCAGCUCUAGAUUCGGCCAUGUGGUUCCUGUGGGAAGGUUCCAAAUUGGAAGGCAUCCUCAUCUCCCACGUGGAUGACUUGCUACUGGCCGGAGGCCCUCGUGCGCACCACACCUUGCAAUUGCUGGGUGCCGAACUUGGGUUUGGUUCCACCUCCACCGGAACCAUAACCUAUUGUGGAAAGAAGAUUGAGCAAGCUGAAGAUUUUUCAGUGAAAGUUUCCAUGGAAGAGUACCAUAGCAAUCUUCAGCAGGUGCGCAUCAACCCACUUCGAAAGAAGAAUCCAGAG